CGUGGUUUGACAGCUGUGACAAAUCAUAGACGCAUCGUGCCCAUCUCUUGCUGCUCUGCUCUGCCCUUUACGCACACCCAGCCUCAUUCCACACGCGUUGUGGUGGAAUCCUUCAGUCCGUCCGUGUGACCUCGGCGCUUGCCUAAGCAGCGCGUUUAUUUCGCCAGCAGAACCCUGGCAACGGAGAUCUUCACACCCCCGAAGCGUCCGCUAACAACCACGUCUGCGCCUGCUGUCGACUAUCCGCUGUAAUAUAGACCCCUCAGCCAGUAAGGCCCAACCGCAGCCAUGUCGCACACCGGUGGUCCCAUGCGCAACACGCCCAAAAACCGCCCGCAGCCCCAGCCGCAGAUUAGCAGCCCCUCUGGCAUUCCGCGGCCAAACCUGGAGACUCAUGUCUCCCACGUCGCCCAGAGCGAUGCCGGCGGCUCCUCUCUCACCGCCAGGGCCAAGAUGUCGAAGCGGGACGAUGCCAUCCGACGCAGGAUCGAGACGGACCUGAACAAGAAGAAGAACCCUGGCGGCCGUGUGCGCCCGCAGCGGAAGGCUCCCCCCGGCACCGUCCUCGCCCUCAAGCCCAGCCCGGCCCUGCAGAUCAAGCCCAACACGACCGUCGCUGAAGCUGCCCAGUUGAUGGCGGCGAAGAGGGAGGACUGUGUCUUAGUCACCGACGAUGACGACCGCAUCGCCGGUAUCUUUACUGCCAAGGAUCUGGCUUUCCGCGUCGUUGGAGCAGGCAUCAAAGCGCGAGACGUCACCAUCGAGGAGAUCAUGACCAAGAACCCCCUUUGCGCAAAGACUGAUACUAGCGCCACGGAUGCACUGGACCUUAUGGUCAGGAAAGGCUUCCGCCACUUGCCUGUUAUGGACGAGAACCAUGACAUUUCCGGCAUCUUGGAUAUCACAAAGUGCUUCUACGAUGCCAUGGAGAAGCUCGAGCGUGCCUACAGCUCAUCUCGUAAGCUCUAUGACGCUUUGGAGGGCGUGCAGGCGGAAAUGGGAUCAAGUCAACCUCAGCAGAUCAUCCAAUAUGUCGAGGCUAUCCGACAGAAGAUGUCUGGCCCAACACUCGAGUCGGUCUUGACAGGGCUACCCCCGACUACCGUGUCUGUGCGCACGUCGGUCAAGGAGGCUGCCUCGUUGAUGAAGGAGAACCACACUACUGCUGUCUUGGUUCAGGAUCAAGGCGCCAUCACCGGUAUCUUUACUAGCAAAGAUGUUGUACUUCGUGUCAUUGCUGCUGGUCUUGACCCAGCUACUUGCAGCGUCGUCAGGGUCAUGACACCCCACCCUGACUUCGCGCCAAUGGACAUGAGCAUUCAGUCUGCUCUUCGCAAGAUGCACGAUGGCCACUACCUCAACCUUCCCGUUAUGAGCGAUGCAGGUGAAAUCGUUGGUAUGGUGGAUGUCCUCAAGCUCACCUACGCUACGCUGGAUCAGAUCAACAGUAUGGGCACGACAGACAGCGAAGGCCCUGCCUGGAACAAGUUUUGGUUAUCGCUUGACAACGAAACAGAGUCGAUGAUGUCUGGUGAAGGCAGAAGCCAAAUGCAAGGCGACCACCGAUCGUUUGUGUCUCAUGACAACCGCCCUGGACUGAUGGAGCGCGGAGACACUGUUCUUCCUAAUGAGUCUGCAUCCCACAAUGGAGACUCGCCGUCUGCGUCUGCUGUGGCCAGUGCCCAUCCGACCUCGUAUGAGGACAUGCCAUUUCCCUUCAAGUUCAAGGCUCCCAGCGGUCGCGUACACCGAGUGCAAGUCGUGGCUUCUGCUGGCAUCGAAGACCUUAUUUCGAUGGUAGCUAACAAGCUUGGCGGCGAAGUCGACUCGAUUGGAGGAACGCCAACAUUCGAGUACGGCAGGCUAUCCAAGGCUGGUUUUGCCCUGAGCUACCUCGAUAACGAGGGUGAUACGGUCUCGAUCACUACGAACGCCGACUUGAAUGAGGCUGUCAGCCUUGCACGUCUCACUCACCACGAGAAGGUGGACCUUUUUGUGCAUGAUCCAGACGAGGCCCCGCAUUCGGCCGAGCUCAACUCGCAACCUGCUGCGACCAAGCCAUUCACUCCACCAGAAUCUGUACUGCGUGAGCGCAAACAGUUCUUCGAUGAGGACGAACAAGAUGCAAGGCCAAGGUCGAAAGCCAGGGGAAGUCAGCCUCCUGCGGUCGUAGAACAAGCCGAGGUCAUUCCUGGCGUGCCCAACGAUCUUCUUCUCCCAGGAGCCAUCGGUGUCCUAGCGGUGGUGAUUGUCGGUGUUUUCGUGCUGGGGCGUGCCUCGCGUCGGUAGUUUUCGUUUGUUGUCUCCUUUGUCGUUGGAAACGCGUGUAGGACGUUUCAGAUUGCAGCUUUGCUAGUUUUGUACUAUAUCCCUAGACCGGCUACUGCGUCGUCGUGAUAGUCGGCUUUCAUACCAGUUUAAACCAGUAUAA